AUGGUUACUGUCAGAAGUGUGUUGUCUGUUGCUGCUUCAAGACACUGGUCUAUUCAUCAAAUGGAUGUUUACAAUGCUUUCUUGCAAGGAGAUCUAUUUGAGGAGGUGUAUAUGGAGGUACCUCAAGGUUUUAAUGGACCAAACGCUGAACUCAAAGUUUGCAAACUACUUAAGUCCCUCUCUGCAUCCUGUCCUAUGGAGCCAAACGUGAAGCUUACUACUGCUGAAUUUGACACCCAUAUAGAUACUUCUGAGGACACAUUAUUGACUGAUCCAUGGCCAUAUCAAAGGCUUUUGGGUAAGCUUCUUUAUUUGACUGUUACAAGACCAGAUAUUUCUUUUGUUGUCCAAAGUAUGAGCCAAUUCAUGCAUAGUCCUAAGGUCUCUCAUAUGGCAGCUGCACUCAAGGUGGUUAGAUGUAUCAAAAGUAGUUCUGGGCUGGGAGUUCUCUUGGCUGCUAAAUGUUCUGAAUCACUUUCAGCAUUUUGUGAUGCAGAUUGGGCUACAUGCCCCAACACACGAAAGUCAGUCACAGGCUAUUUCAUCAAGCUUGACUCUUCCUUAGUUUCUUGGAAAUCUAAGAAGCAGUCCACUAUCUCUAGAAGCUCAGCUGAAGCUGAAUAUCGCAACCUAGCAUCCAUUGUUGCAGAGAUUAUUCAACAUGGUCUUGUUUCUAUUCUCUACUGUCCUACAGCUGAGCAGGAAGCUGAUAUACUCAUAAAGGGACUUGGUCGCCUUCAACAUUCAUAUUUGCUGUUCAAGCUAGGUCUAAUCAACAUCUUUCCUAGUCCUAGCUUGAGGGGAACACUCACCGAUAUCGUGGCUGGAAGUGGCACUUCAAGUACAAGGCCUAGCUUACAAUUUCACCCUGGAAAAUCAACCUGUAACCCUGAUUGUUUAAAACCUUGUGCAUCUGGUGAGGGUUCUAGUGGAGGCCCUAAACAGGGCAUUGGCAGCCUUUGGCCCAAGCCUAUGGCAGGCGAUGAUAAGCAACAACAACAUGCAACCCAAUUUAGACCCACCAAUAAUCAACACCCUCAUCUCCCAAGCAUUCUAAUCAAUCCCCUUCUUCCUAGACCCAGUAACGAAGGACCCAACAACAUCUCUAGUAUUUGUGACUAUCGAACCCCAAUCCUAUCAAACUCUAUCACCUUCUGCUCCAGUAAAGAAGAACCAGUCGCACCACUAGGAAAUAUUACAAGGGAGAUCAACAAAGCUCUGGACCUUCUGAAAAGGAAAUGCCCACCGGAAAUGGAGGGAACACCCUACGACCCUCUACGCACAGACUCUCUUGUACGGGACUCAGUUAGAGCAAUCGAGUUCAGUGUAGAGAGAGCAAGGUCCUUGUGA